UUGAUUGCCAAAUGACAUCUUUGAACAUCUAGUGGUGAUCGAAUUGUCAAAGUUCAUUUGACUUAAUGGAGUUAAUCCGUUCAGUUCUAAAAGACAUAUUAAUAUAACCUUCUCUGUAAGUACUUAGCAAAUGAUUUAAUGUCCUUUACUUCGUUAUCUGUACUUCCGAGAACCUACUGAAUAAGCAAAUAAAUUGGAUUUCGUAGCUCGGGAAUUUCGUAGCCCCUGGACACCUCAAGACAAAACGAAACGCAUCUCAGCUGUCAGACUGACCACGGCUUUGGGCCAUCUGCUUUUGGAGAAAAAACCCUGUAGACAUGACGGACCUUCUGGUUCCAGAACUUGAGAUAGACGUAGAGAGUUUGGAAACGGAAAGCGACGACCAAGCCGAAUUUGGCUGCGCCUUGUCCGGCGCAGGGGACGAAGAAGAGAGCGGCAAAGACAACGAGAAAUGUAGUCCGAUAACUCAAGCAUCGGGCGAUCAGAGGAAACUCAGCCGGACCCCGAAGUGUGCCCGCUGCAGGAAUCACGGAGUGGUUUCGUGUCUCAAGGGCCACAAGAGGUUCUGUAGGUGGCGGGACUGUCAGUGUGCCAACUGCCUGCUGGUUGUGGAGAGACAACGAGUCAUGGCAGCGCAGGUCGCACUGAGGAGGCAACAGGCGACGGAGGACAAGAAAGGCAUUGCAGGAAAACAGAUUCCAACUGAACGCAGGGCUGUUUAUCAAAGACACAUUAGACCUUCUAGCAUGCUGGCCAAAAGUAUUCUAGAAGGUUACCGUCCCGUUCAAACGGACCCUUUUUUAGGAGGAAACCCGUCUCUGCCUCCUCCUCUCAGUGACCGAAUGAGGAAGAGGAGGGCUUUUGCUGACAAAGAGCUGGAGACCAUCAUGCUGGAGCGGGAGUACAAAGAGCGUGAGCUGAUGGAGUCCAGCCAGGCGACGGCCGCGUCUCUAUUUCUGCCCAGCGCCAUGGUUCACGCAGCAGAAUACAACUCCUACAAAUCGGCCUUCGCCGCAGGGCAAGUGGAGGCACCGCCCAAAGAGAUUUGCGGUUAUCUCCCCAAUUGCCUUGACCUGUCAAUGCAGUACACCGGGUCAGGAAACGUGGAGCUGAUUUCAUCCAAUGUCAGCGUGGCAACCACCUACAGGCAAUAUCCACUGUCGCCGCGGUUCAUGAUGUGGCCGAAAUGCAGCAACAUUAGUGACGCUCUGCUUUACCAGCAGUGCCUCCUAAACGCGACGGCCGUCCAGAACAUGAAACCGGGUGCAGUCUGGGAUCCGAAAAUGAUGCCAGCAUCUGAGAGCCACUCACCAGAUCCAGUUCUGGCAGCUGCCAAACUGGAAGGUUCCCGGGUGGCACCAGAGCCAUGCGAUCUUCAGCGAUUGCAGACAGAACUUCCGGGCCUCACUCAUGGUUCUCGGGAGCAGUCAGCAUUCUCUCCCCCCAAGAGAAGCUUCGGACAAGCGUUCACCAACGGCUCGUCAUCCACGAGUCAAGAGCAUGUCCUGAAUAAACUCAGCAAAGACAGUGCCAAGCAUACCCUCUCAAUGAAAUUAAACUCCUUCCACUCCCUGAUUCAGCAAACUCUCAGUGAAAAGGCAGGCCCUGAGUCAAAAGCUCCCUGCUACAAAGAACGUUUUGAAGAUGCUGCUAGGAAAUGCAGGGAGAGUGCAGUCAAAGAAAACCAGAGCUUCAAAAAUGUGGACAGAUAUGCAAGAGACUUGACAUCCAAACAAGUGGGUUCAAAGUUUUCAUCCAGUGAGUCUCUGUCCUUUUCGGUUGAAUCCAUUCUGAAGAGGCCUUCACCUGCAGUAAACCGCACAUCACAGUAGCUGAUGCAUUAAUUUCAGGUGGUUUUCAAUUGAACGGUCACAUUUAGACAUAUAUUCAUUUCAAUAGUUGGAAAAACUGGAUUAAAAAGCCAAUGUCAAAAGCAAGGUUGCAAAUUUAGCUGACCUAAAUUAAAAGUAUAUAAUACAUUGUUUUAAAGUACAAUUUUACUUGAAAAUCAAUUGCAUUUUUAUCAACUUGUCAGCUUCCCCAAACCAGAGGUGUAAAUAUUGUGCUGUAAAUAUAUAAGCAUGUUGACUAUGACUUCAACAUAAUGAGUAUAUUUAAGUGUAAUAAUGACUUAUGUUGCUUUAAAUUGUAAUGUUUCAUGACCUACAAUGCAAUUAUAAAGUAACAAUAAACUUUUUAAUUAUGAAA